AAGGAGGCCGGGGACCCCGCUGGCUUUUCCAGUCCGCUCCAGGUUGUCAGCCGCCUGGCAAUGGCGGAGCCUGUUGUUGGGUGUGUUGGUGUGCCCCUCGCCGGUGUGGUCUGCCUGUUGUCAGUGCUGUGUGGCUGUUGUCUGUGCCCCGGAGUGUAGCGACGGGCGCGUGGCGCGCAUCCAGGGCGGCUGGACAAGGGUCAGGGUGGGGGCAUGGCUGUCUUUGCAGACCUUCGACACUCGGGUCGUUGCCGAUCUUCUUACUAUCUUUUCCACCUCCACACUCCUCGUCUUAAUGUGUUUCUAUCUCACUCAUCUUUAGUAACUGGUGAAGCAACAGGAAGGAAAGGGACCUCACUCUGUCGGAGCUAUGCCUGUGGGUCUCUGCUCCGUGGGUCCCCUCGCUGCCCGACUUGCGGGCGGGGUGUUCCCGGUCCGUCUGUCCCCUUCGAAGAGCAGGACUCGCUGGUCUGCUCAGUCCCCCGAGGGGUUACAGUGUUGCAUGUUUCAGGUUGAAUAAUACUAUCGAAGGGAGGAGUAAGUUUUGAUUGUAACUAUGUUAUAAAUUGUGUGCUAGCAAGUACUGUAAGUCCUCUGCAAGGACUGGAGGACAGAGUGUACCCUGCCGACGUAGCGUGAUGCAACCUUUAAUUGGUCCGUUUUAGAGAUUCAUAUCAGCCUUCCAAACAAGACUGUACAACUGAAGAAUUCUGAUUAUGACAUAAAACUUUUGGAAACCUGUUGGAAACAUAAAAAUUGAGUGAGCCCAGGCUGCGAUUGAGUGGAGGCUGGGGGGUCAGUGGUGGCGGGGUGUGCCUUAAACGGUGGGAUGUGUGCCUCCUUUAGAAAGUUUGCGUCGGUGGAAGGGGCUGCACAGGAUUUCUUCAUUAUGCGCUGUGACACCCAGGCUGUGGACAUAAGGACAUGCAUCCUGCUAGGCUAAAAAACAGGGCUCGUGUGUGUUCACGAACCUACAAAACACAGGAGCAAUUUAAGAGAAGUUCAGAUGAGACCCAGGCUGAAAAGCCUGCAAAUAGACUUUAACAGGCAAAGUUUCACACAGGCUUUUUUUCUUCUUUAUCUGAUGAAGUACAAUAUUGACUGUGAACACUGAUGUAAACACACACACAGACAACUGCUAGAAUAAAAUCCCUUUUAGAAACAGAGUGUGAAAUAGGGCGGAGGCGACUGAGCGGGGCAGGCGGGGGAAGGUGUGAAGUUAGAGCACUGCCAGCAGCAGCGGAGUGGGACCACCCGUCACGCCGCGGUCGCCUUUGGUGGAGGCAGCACGGGGAUCCUGGCCUCUACCUGCGAGUGUGCGUCAACUCCUGGGGUCCUCCCCUCCCCUCCUCAGACUCCUGUCCCUUCAGUCUCAUCGUGGCCCCUGGCUUUCCCUUCCCGGCUGGGUGCCCGAGCACCCCCACGCCCCCUUCCCGCGGCCCCCCCACAGGGCGCUGGGUCCCAGAAUUCGGUGGUCAGAGCUCUAGAGUGCCGGCUCCCUGGUUUGGAGCUUAUCAGUUUGGGUUGCUUUAAGAUCCAUGCCUCUAUUUUCCUUCCACGUAUGCCAAUAGAAAUAGUAUAUUUAUAUGUACAACUUGACCUCUAACUUCUGCCUUGAAGUCCGCAACAGACAGAGAAUGGGGCCGAAUUGCUGCGUGUUGGGAGUGGGCAAAUCUUUGCCUCCCCUUUUUCCUCUGUUGGAAAAUCGGCUCCUACCCCCAAAUUGGAGGGAGAUCCUUUAUUCUUGCAAACGGUGUCAGUGGAGGUGGCAUUUUACCGAUUUUAUUUUUAAGAACAGAGGCUUUAGAAUUCACUGCAGUUGAGUUCAUUUUAAUCCUAGACCACAUCUCCGCUGAGCAGUGUUAAUUGCAUGAAAAUUUUAUGCCAGCACAUCUCAUUUGAUCGUGGUAAAAUCUGUUCUGGACUGAAUGGAUUAAGCCCAAAUUCACUUGUUGGGAAAGGUAUUUUGGAGGUUUUCCUUGUGCUCCGUCUGACUUUUUCCUUCAGUUGAUCCAUUUGCACAUCUCAUUCCAUCUUAACAGAAAAUACAAAUUCUUUAUUCACAGGGAGGGAAGCGCUUCUAAACUAGACAUCGAUGUAGGAUAAUCAAGUUUACCAUUUAGGAAAAGUGUGGGAAGGAGCACAUAAAAUCCCUACAGAACCUAGGACUGAAGUCCUUUAUCCAGUUCCCACCUUCCGCUUCAUGCGUCCGAGGACAGCUCCCAUCUCCCGCUCGAUGCCCAGCCGGCAGAAAAGAAAAAGAAAGGGAGCAAGCGCCACCGUGAAGUCCCCGUGCGCGCUAUUUUUAGCUUUUUUUCGUACAAUAGUGACACAUUAUUUCGUUUCCAAAUAUUUCUAACGAUUUUCUGCUCAAGUGUAAGAUGAUGGAGCAAAGAGUUUGUAGGAAUGACCAAGACGAGCUGGGGGGUGGGGAAGGCGUUCUUGAUAAACGGUUUGCUGCUCACAGGAGGGUAACUAUUUCUGCUGACUCUCCAGGCCGAGAAUUUUUUUUUUCUUUUUCCCUUCUUUCUUUCUUUUCUUUUCUUUCUUUUUCUUCUUUCUUUUUAUUUAUUUUUUUUUUAAGGAAGGUCUGGUUUGGACAACUUUGUUUCCCAGUGUUGAAGGCUUUUGCUGUGGACUUGAGUUUGGUUUUUGUUCAGAGGAAAGCGUUUCCCUCCCUCUGAGGACUGCCCUCUUUCACAAUAAACAUGACGAAGGGAGUCAGGACUUUUUAGGGUAAAUAAACCGAGUGACUCUGGAAGGGUAUGUAUUUGGGGAAAGCCGAACCGGUCCCGUUCUGUUUCCUGGAUUUUAGUUCUGUUCCUCGAUUUUAGUCUUUUGAGCGGAUCCUCCCACCUGAUCGCUAGCAUCCCGCUCUCAUUAAAAGCACGAAUUUCAAAUUCGUGGAGGAGGAGGGUACCAGGAGAGUCCCCAGUGCGCGCAUCCUUCCAGCGCGCCUUUCCUCCUUUUCUCGCCUCUCGCCUCUCGCCGUCCCUGUCCCAGCUCCCCGACCAGGGCCCCCUUUGCCAUGGCGCCUGCUGCUCUUGAACUUGUUUCUGGUGGAGCGGAAGGCGCGGCUCGAGACCCUCCCGCAGCUAUUCCCAAAGCCCAGAUUUGUUGGUGUUAAUGCAUCUGACAUCAACUAUUCAGCUGGCCGAUACGACCCUUCAGUAAAGACCCCCUUUGAUGUAGGUUUCGAAGGUGUGGGAGAGGUGGUGGCCUUAGGCCUGUCUGCUAGUGCCAGAUACACAGUUGGCCAAGCUGUGGCUUACAUGGCACCCGGCUCCUUUGCUGAGUACACCGUGGUGCCUGCCAGCAUUGCAACUCCAGUGCCCUCUGUGAAACCUGAGUAUCUCACCCUGCUGGUAAGUGGUGCCACCGCAUACAUCAGCCUGAAAGAGCUCGGAGCAUUGUCGGAAGGGAAAAAAGUUUUGGUGACAGCCGCAGCUGGGGGGACGGGCCAGUUUGCCGUGCAGCUUGCAAAGAAGGCCAAGUGCCAUGUAAUUGGAACCUGCUCUUCUGAUGAAAAGUGUGCUUUUCUGAAAUCUAUUGGCUGUAAUCGUCCUAUCAACUAUAACACCGAGCACGUCGGUACUGUCCUGAAGCGGGAGUACCCCGAGGGUGUCGAUGUGGUGUACGAAUCCGUUGGGGGAGCCAUGUUUGACUUGGCGGUAGACGCCUUGGCUAUCAAAGGGCGCUUGAUAGUAAUUGGGUUUAUCUCUGGCUACCAAACUCCUACUGGCCUAUCACCUGUGAAAGCAGGAGCGUUACCAGCCAAACUGCUCAGGAAAUCCGCCAGCCUCCAGGGCUUCUUCCUCAACCAUCACCUUCCUGAGUAUGGAGCAGCCAUGGACCACUUGCUUCAGCUGUGUGCAAGUGGGGACCUGGUUUGUGAGGUGGACCUUGGCCAUCUGUCUGCAGAGGGCAGGUUCACUGGCCUGGAGUCGGUAUUCCGGGCUGUUGAUUAUAUGUACAUGGGAAAAAACACUGGAAAAAUUGUAGUUGAAUUACCUCACUCUGUCAACAGUAAGCUGUAAAAGCAGGACAAUGACACAAAUCAAAGGAGAAAGAAAAUGGGCACUUUAUGCCUCAGAAUUACUCAAGUCAACUUAUUUUUAGUUGGUAAUGGAGCUAUUUCUUAAAACAAGAGGAAGGUGUUAAUAGGUUUUUCUUUCUCUUUUCUUUUCUUUUUUUUUUUCCUGCCCCUCCCUUGAAAAAAGAAUGUCCUAAUAAAACUUCCUUCAAUGGCUCAGAGGUAAAACUUUUACAUUCAAGUCUUCAGUCAUGGACAGACUCAUUCCAGAUUUUAUUGUUCCAGCGAACUAAAUUAAUUCCUGAUGUGAGAUCUGAGCAAAUCAGUAUGUCUUCAGCUUGAUGAGAUUUUAAAAUCAGUCUUGAAAAUGGUUCACAAAUUCUUUGCUUUGGGAAAGUUUGCUCUUGUGCUAAUAAGUAGUUAAUAGAUGAGAGGGAUUGCAAAAGUCAGCCGCAUUUCAGAGUCCAUAUUCUCAGGAAGUGGCCUUUUUUUUCCCUAUAAAUCAUUAGCCAACUAGCUAAAUAGAAAUUUGGAGGAAUUCUCCCAAAACUUUGAUUUUGUUAAAUUCUUUUAAAAAGUGAUUAAGUGAACACAGACUUAUUUUAAAGAAGUAUCUCUUAUUUAGUGGCUUUUGGGCACAAUCCUCCUGGUGGGGCGUAUGGAAUGGAGAAUUUCUCUCUUCCCUUCAGAAGCAAAUUAGUAUUGAAAACGUAUAGACAAAAAGCAGGUUUUAGAAAGAGAAAUUACAGAGAUUCAGGGGACUUUAAAAACUUCAUACCUGCAUAGGAAAGGGAAAAGUAUGUGCUCCAGCCACAGCGGGAGUCUCCGUAAUGCAACUGUGCCAUGCGUGUAAAAACACACUGCAGGCCUCCCGCCAGAGAGCCGCGCCAGCCGGAAGUGGGCUAUGUCACACAGCGCCGUUUUCAGAAGGGGCCUGGGUGAUCUUCAGUAAGAAUGCAGUUGCUUCAUGUUGUAGACGUGCGGACGUGGAAGGUGUGUUUUCUCUCCGACCAUGGAAGCAGACUAGCGGCCACUGAUCUUCCGUCCCCAUUUUACUUCUCGCCGUGCUCUGGUGGAACGAGAUGCUUCUUGUCACUCUCCCCCCGUGUCACACACACGCGAGUAACGAGUCAUGCGCCUUCUCUUCUGAAUCAUGCCCCGAGCUGCUCCGCCUGCCUCCUAACCUUCAGCUCACCAAAGACUCCUCCAGCUUUCAUGGUUGAGUUGGAAAUCCCAGAGUGCCUUUCUAAUGGAAGGCAAAACCCACCAGAUUAUUUUUCAAAGCCUUGGGUUUCAGUGUUUCGAACAUGCUACACAAAUAGGAACACAAUUAAAGACGCCCCAGGAAACUUGGUGACCAUAUUUAGUUUUUCUUUCCUUCCAUCUGAGGAGCAAGGAAAUCCUACUGCUGAGUAGCUGUUAGUAUCUAUUUUACAAGAUUUACUCAUUUUCAGGUACCUAAUGUAGCUGCUAGCAUGCAUGCACAACAAUACAAUUUAUAUGGUAAAUGGGACCAAAUAAUGGCUUCACUGAAUGUUAUGGCUGCACUGAAGGCAAAUGUCACGGUAAAUAGCUGCCAAAUUAUGGAUCAUGCCGAAGUGUCACAACUGCACUAAAGACAAAUAGCACUGGAGGCUAUUGCCACUGUGAUGCUUUUGAGUUAUGAAGAAGAGUAGCAGCCUGAUGCGAGGCUCUUUGUGUCCUCGUUAUAGCAAAGGGUUACCAGUGCAGGGACAAGGGAAGCCGGUCCAGUGAGGGGCUCGGUUAUUAAUCUGUCCCUUUCAGACCUCACAGCUGUAGGAAAACGGAAAGGGACUUUGCCUGGCUUUCAGAUACACAAACAAAGGGGAGGGGACAGGUGUUACGAAUGUAACUGCACGGGAAAUGCCUGGUCAGGGAGAAACAUUGUAAUCAGCUCAUCAAAGAAUAUUAUUAAAUUUAACAUAGUGUAUGUUUGAUAGGCUUAGCUGCUGCUUAUGCAGAGAGACGUGUGAAACCUCAGCAAUGAUGCACUUUCCCCCUUUGUCAAGACUUGAGGAGUAAGGACGUUGCCAACCAAAUUGCUUCUUCUAAACUGAAGCCCGUCCCGGUUUCUUUCACUUUAAUGGGUGGGUAAUAAAGAUGAAAGACCAACAUUUUAACUGAUGGAUCCCUUAAGCUACAGAAUAGAAAUUUAUUAUGUUUUGAAGGAAUAUACUAAAUUCAGCUAUGUAAAAAAAAAUAUUUCAAAUACCCAGGUUUAAAAUAAAAUAUAAUCUGAAAACCUCAUGCUCUCUUUCCCCAAACUGAGGAACUACAGUGCAUACUGUUUUCAUUUAUUCUUAGAAAACAAGCAUGAAAGAUUCCGCCCAUUCAGAUAAUGCCAAAAAUAUGUUUAAACUUUUUUUUUUGUUCUUCUGAAAAAUGAUUUGUAAAUUGAGGGUCAUAGUUCAGCAUCAGUUUCAUCUUCUGGGAUUAUCGUUCAAGACCAGCCGCUAAUGGGAGGUGAAAUGGUGCGAUGCUCUCAACACCUUUCUUCUGAACUGCAUUACAUAUCACAAAAAGCACAUCCAUAAUUCAGGGCAAUUGUCAGUCUUUGUUUUAGAGAUGGGGCCGGGGCUGGAUGAUCACAGGGGAUGAGUUAUUUCUCGGUUCUCAGGGUGGCCUUUUCUGCACAGCAGCCUUGAGGCCCCUGGCUGGGCAGAUGGAGGGGCUUGACUCUGGUAGGCGAACCGAGAAAUGCAGGGUCCCAGCUAUUCCUUACCAUUCCGUUAUGACUUCUAAAGAGUCAAAUGCUGUUCCUUCAAAUUUGUUUUGCAUACAAAAAAUACCAACAAUGCCAUUUCGGGUCCCUUUGACAAUGACUUCUUCUAUUGGCCCAAUUCAGCAUUAAAAAAAAGAAAUUCAGGGAAUAGUUUGCAAAGAGAGAACGCAGAAGUUUUGCACAAUACAUUCUAUAAAUUGUUCUUAUAUGAUUUCAUCUGAAUGGAGUUCUCAGGGGUAGGACGGAGCCUCUAUAAAUGGUCAUUAGUAUUACAUUCAGUAUUUAUCUAAUGAAAGUGCAGUGACAAGUGGCUGCUUCUUAUUAAAAUGAAAAUCCUGCAUUAUGUACUUAAGGAACAUUCCAGCUAAUGAGGAUGUAAUGUCCUCGGUACAACACAGACCUUCUUUUUGUGUUCACCACCACAAGAUGCUGGAAACUUGACAAAUGAUAUCAUUUCAGACACAUGCCUGCCGUAGGGACCUGCUUUUUGGCUUCCUGUUUCUGGCUUUUAUUUGGGUAACAUUUAUAACGGCCACCCGACUUGUAACGGUAACGUUUUAACCCCUUCGUGGAGUUCCCAAUUAGCGUGAAUUUACUACAUUCAGCGUUUCCUUUAAAAGGCGGUGGGAGUUCCUACGCCUGAAAAUAUUUCUCCUGAUCACUUUAUCACCCGUACAUAUAAGAUAAAUACCAUAUUUUAGAUUUAUAUAAAAACAGAUGAGCAACAUACAACUUUCAGAAAAAAUACAAUAGGAAAAGACCAAGCACAAUCAGCGACGGCUGAUCACUUCUUCAGGGUUAAAAUGUAAGCUUUAUGAAUGGAACCCAGAUGCAAAGUGGCCUGAUUUGACAGAUUCAUAAUUGCUGUUCUCCAUACCUUCCACUCUCUUGUUUUAUUAAAUAGUGUUUGUUAUUUAUAGUACUUAUUUAGAGACAGACAAUUUAUCUAUGCAAACUUUAUUAGUUAAUUUUUGGGUUUGGAGUUUGAGGUUUUUUUUUUUUUUUUUGAAAGUUAGAUUUUCUGUAACUAAUUUUCUAGUUAUGGCCCAGAAUUAAAUAUUUCCGAUCAUAUUUCAGAAGUCAAAAUGUAAAACUCUGGAUUAUCAGUGCUGUUGGUGUGGACAUUUUAAGCUUUGAAUUUUAUUUUUUCCUAGAUCUUUAGCAUCAUGUUAUUUCAACUUCUAAAAGGAAGAAUGUUUGAUAUGAGAACCUUACUGCUGUUAGAUGAGCAAACUAUGGAAUGUUGGCCAAAAAAAGGACCAUAUAAAAUAGGUAAAUAAUAUUUUACCAAUAUGUAUCAGUUUAAGUAAUUCUUGAUAGAAGAGAGUUGAUAUUCAAAGAAAGUCAAAUAAGGUGCAUAUUUCAAUUAUGUAUGCUUGAGUCUUCUGUAGAAUUCUUUCACUAGACCUGAGUAGCUAAUGAGAUUCGACAGCAAAUGUGGCCUGGUGUAAAUACUGUCCCCCCGUCUAUUCUUGACCCGACGUGGUGCCCACUGCAGAUCUGCCCUUCAUUGCUUGCUCAGAGCAUCCUGGGAGGCAGGGCCACCCUUGGGAAGCAUGUCUGGAACCCUCCAGCCAUGGGCCAAGUACUGCAUGUACUUGGGGAAAACCAAUAUGUGCCUGGUCUGUGCCCGGAAGCACUGAGCCAAAAGUACAGCGAUUCCAACAGCCCCCGAAAGGAAGAGUUUCCCUUGAAGGGCACUAUCUGACAGCCUUUCUGCCAACAUGAAAUUAAAAUAAUAAUUAAAACACGCCCAGCUGACUGGUGGUAGCAUCCAAUACCAAAGAUGGAUUUGUGCUUAGAGCUCAGAAAAAUGUUCCAUAGAAUUGUCAGCAACUGUCGUGCUUUAUGCUCCCAGGUGAAGAGCUGCACCGUAUCUUAGAAGGACUCGAGCGAACGGUUUCUUUGGCUGGUGGGAGGUGCGGGAAGCCCUUUAGGGAAUAAAGGGAGGCCUUCUUACGAGAGCCUUUGCCUUCUGUCUGCGUGCCCGCACCUGGGGGGUGGGCCCGCAGACACUGAGAGCUGGGAGGAGCCUGAGACACUCUGCCCUCAUAAAUGAGAAGACUCAGUUGUCCUUUAAAUGGUAAAAUUUGGGAUGUAAGGGAUAAUCUAGUUCAACCCAUUUUAUAAAUGAAGACACUGAGAUUCAGCAAGAAUAGGUGCUUUAUCCAAGGUCACGGAGUUCCCUGGACUCAGAAAUGAAGCCGGAGCACAGCCAGAUUCCUUCCUGGUACCUCAGGCCGCUCUCUCUUAUCCCCUUUAUGCUUUGCCAAGGUCCCUCACUAUAUGGCUGAUUGAAAGUGUCACAAAAUAACAACUGGCCUCUGUUAUAUAUCUUUUGGUGGAUGAGAUGCUGACCAACCCAGGAAGAAUAUCACAGUUCCGGCCACGAAAGUGGGCUCCACUCCAGACCCCCUUGAAUCCAGCACAGGUCAGGUGUCCAGGUCAUUUGAUUCUGCCAUCUGAAUAUCACACAGCCUUCAGGAAAAAAUUUUUAAAAACACCUCUGUGGAAUUAAUGGCUGAAUGCCUACAAUUUAGUUUUAAUACUACAAGGAAGGUUUUGUCUCCUGUCAGUGUAUUUUUGUUUGUCAAAUAAUGAAAAUGAAAUAAAGAAAAUCUUUAUUAUCA